AUGCGAAUAAAAAAUGGCUUUCUAAAAUUGAAGGCUGUUUCGGGACUAGAGAAAGUACUUAAUCCCAGUCCAAACCCUGACCGUAGUGUACUUGUGUGCAUCAAAAUUUUACGUUUGCCCGCUCACUAUCGAUCAACACGUUGUAAUGAACAGUCCACGGGACGCACCGCAACACUGCAACAGUCACUUCUGAGUCACCUGCCGUUUAAGUCUCCUGUGUGCGAAUCGGCUCACGGUGACCGUCCAACACAGCAGCAUUCUUACUCAGACCGCGGUCUGGAUACGCGCCAUCACCACCGGUCUACCCGCGAUUUGUCUGUUGGUGAUGUAAGUUCUGUGGAUACUGGAACUACACAGCAAUUACCUUCUCCUCCUCCAAGUUCCAUGCAGCAACAGGCGCUCGCACUAACUGCUGCAGCCUACGCAACACUGGAUCCAAUGAUGGCUGUACAUCAACAAGCUAAAGCUUACUAUGAUCAGUGGGCAUCUUCACUUUUUGGAAAUUGGGCUUCCAGUGGUGGUGCUGGUGGCUGUGGCUCCAGUGGCCAGCUCUCAGUGAAUUCUGAAGCGCACUGCAGCUUACAACGGCAGCAACAACAGCAGCAGCAAACUGACUGGAUCAAUGCGGCACUGCUAUCCAAACAACAACAACAACUCGUCAAUUCUCAGUACGAACACGGUGACCCUACAGAAAAUGACAACCUACGACAAUGGCCAUGGCCAAUUAACCAACGUCGAGUCCAUGCAUCAGAUGAUCGCACCAGUACGGUAACCCGCAAACGUGUAUCAGCUGGUCAGCACUUACAAGGCCUCCAUGUCCCUUUGGCGCUUUUUCAUGCCGAAACCAUCAGCGGACGAAUCCUUAUUAAAGGCUAA